AUGGUGCUUUGUUUUCUGAGCAGAGUGCUUCAACUAGCAAGACAUUCAUCCAGUCCACUGGGGAGACAGCUGUGUUCAGCCAGUGCAAAUAAGCCAGUGUUGACUUUAUUCACCAAGAAACCAUGUCCUCUAUGUGAUGAAGCAAAAGAAGUGCUUGAGCCGUAUAAGAGAAGGUUUAUUUUGCAGGAGGUGGAUAUUUCCCUUCCGGAGAACUCGGAGUGGUAUGAUAAAUACAAAUAUGACAUACCUGUUUUUCAUUUAAAUGGGAAGUUUCUAAUGAAGCAUCAAGUAGACAUGCAAAAGUUUGAGGACCAGCUUGUGAAGCUGGAGUUGCAAAAUGAUGGAAACCAGUGA